GGCAUCACAGAUAGCCCAUUUUGUAGCUUUGCGCUUGACAACAAACUCAUCUCUUUUUUAUGACUUUCUUACCUUGAAAUGAUAAGAAUACUUUAUUCCACUUCUCUGUAUAGCCUCAAAUAACAAUGAGAGGAAAUUAGUUAUUUCACGAAAUUUCCAGCAAUUAUAAUUCUGGUUAAUCUUGCACGAAGCAAAACUGGGUUCGGCGCAGGAGAAGCAGUACUUGGUUUGGUGUUGCAUACAACGUUUAUCAGUAACAACAAAUUAAGAGAGAAGGUGCGAUAUUCCUCUCCAUCCAAUAAUAUUUACGAGAAACAACAGUUUCAAAUGGUCUGUAAUGUUCGUCGACAUGUAGCCUGUCCUGAUUUUCUGACAUCAACCAAGGAGCCCAAAGUUGUCCAUAAAAAAACACAUUCGAAAUUGAAGCUAGCAGAACAAAGCAACAGUGAUGUGACAUAUCAACAAAAAAGUCUAGAAGAGAGGGGAAGAUGGGUGAGCAUGCCCAGUGUUGCUCAUCCUUCCACCCCUACGGAAGACAAUGUCGAACUUCCCUCUCCUUCUCGGUCUCGUCUUGUGCGUAUCCACGAGCGUCGCUUUCAUCGUCAUUUUCCCAGCAUCAGUUCAGAAGAUCGCCUUAUUAACUACUAUCACUGUGCCCUAGUGUCUGACAUUCUGCUACAAGGAUAUCUCUACCUUUCACAAAACUACUUUGCUUUCUACUCAAACAUCUUUGGCUAUAAAACAAAGUUCUUGAUUCCUGUAGGGAAUGUUAUCCGAGUAACCAAAGAACGUACAGCGAAAAUAAUACCCAACGCCAUUGGAAUAACAACACACGAGGAAAAGUUUGUUUUUGGAUCACUACUGUCAAGAGACGCCUCCUAUCGGUUGAUACAUCAAAUAUGGAAAAAUGCAUCUUAUGGGGAACUUUGCCAACAAGAGGAAAGUGAAAGCGGAAACACAUCUCCUCUACUUUCGAAAGGUAUAGAAGGCGAAGACUCUGUUAGUGACACUUCUGAUCAAGUGACCACUGAUGACGUCAGUUCCCUUCCAUCGAAAACUACAGAAGGAAAUAUCUCGAAUUCGCCGUCCAGCCGCCAGUUUCGUCGUCUGUCCUCAACAACCAAAUACAUUCCUCUUAAAAUGAGCAGAAAAAUUGAUACAAUUUCUUCAAAGUGUCAACCAUCAAAGAACGUUGUGUUGGGCAUCACGAGAGAUUGCUUUGAUAAGAUAGAAGAGACUGUGAUCAACAUUUACAAGCUCCCUCGGACGUCCUUACUGUUGUUUGUGUCCACCGUGCUUCUGGUACUACUGUUUUUCUCUGCGACUUUCCUGAUGUACAGAAUAGCAAUGGUUCAUCGACGAGUAGCAAAUGCUGAACGCACGUAUUUCUCUUCUGAGGAUAAACUGCUGUACUACAGGGAGAAAAGAAAAGGACAAAGUAAAAUAAUAAACGAAGAAGUGACAGAGUUAACAACAAACCUUAGGAACCGGAUCAAUCAGCUCAUUUUGGUUAGAAAAUCCCUGGCGGAGCUCAUGGAUGUAACGAUACACGAACAAAGCCCUUGUAGCUCUCCAAGUGGGAAAUUUGCUGAAAGAGGGCAGUGGAUGGUUGUUGGUACCUAAAACUACCAAGCUCUUAAGAUGAAUUUUACCGAAGUUUGGAGAUGCAUAAAACCAAAUAUAUAUGUUCCAAAAUAAUCUAGUCAUACUAUACCUAGUUAUAACACAAAUUCAUUUACAAAUGAUAUUAAAUUAUAAAAAAUGAAGCUUAGUUGAUGUUGUAACUGUUUGUCAACCUAUCUUUUAAAUUAUUUCAUAUUCACUGUAUUCACUUAGAUUUAGAAUUGAUUCAUCUUUUGUUUGUUUUAAAACACCUAUGAUAAUGAUAACAUUGACUACUAGUACAGAUUGAUGGCACAUUAACGAACACCAGACCACUGUAUUGUGUUAUUUAUAAGUUCAUGGAUUUAUUUAACAUUCAAAUAAAUGAAGUUUUGUAUAA